UCUCAAUUCUCAAACAGAGAGCUAGCUACCCCCACCCACUGAAGUCUCAACAUCUCUUUGAUCUUCCUUGCUCUUUCUCUGUUCGAUUAAUUGCCUCGAUUCACCCAAAAGAUAGAACGUGUGCAGUUUGAUAUCGUAAAGGCAUGGGGUGGUGGAGCAGCAAGAGGAGAACAUGGUGCGCAGUGUUGUUGGGUCAGGCAGUUUCGCUAUUCCUUGCUCUCAGCGGCUUCAGCACCUCUCUCCUAGCAACUAUGGGUUUUGAUGCGCCUGUAACUCAGAGCUGCUUCGGUUACUUCAGUUUAGCCACGGUUUACGGCGGCAUUCUGCUUCACAGGCGCCAUAAACUGCAGGUUUCUUGGUAUUUGUAUCUCCUAGUCGGAUUUCUGGAAGUGCAGGCCAAUUUUCUACGGACCAAAGCGUACCAGUUUUCGUCAAUUACCAGUGUCACACUGUUGGUCUGCUUUACCAUACCAUGGGCCAUCAUUCUAACUAGGGUGUUCCUGGGCACCCGCUAUUCGAUCCUGCAGUUGGUUGGUUCAGCGCUUUGUUUAGUUGGUCUUGCUCUAGUUCUCUUAUCAGACGCUGAUGGCGGUGGAGGUGAAGAAAAAAGUGGCUCGAUGCCUCUUCUGGGCGACACGCUAGUGAUUGGGGCAUCAAUUUUCUUUGCUUUCUCCAAUGUUGGUCAGGAAUUCAUUGUGAAGGACAGAGGUCAGAUGGAGAUGGAGAUGUUGUCAAUGCUCGGAGUUUUUGGGUUUCUAUUCAGUUUGGUGGAGCUAUCUGCAUUUGAGUUGCGGAGUCUAGGGUCAGUGGACUGGUCUGUAGAUAUGAUAUGGGCAAUUGCUGGCUACACGCUCUCGAUGUUUUGUUCAUACUCCAUGAUUCCUUGGAUUCUCAAGUGGAGUGGAGCCACAAUGUUCAAUCUCUCCAUCCUCACUAGCAAUAUGUGGGCUGUUGUUAUUCGAACCUUCUUCUACCAACAGAAGAUGGACUGGCUAUACUUCCUUGCCUUCACAGUUGUGAUUCUUGGGCUAGUCAUUUACGCCAUAAAUGAGAAGGACCCAGUCUCUAAGCAUGAAGUAGACAGUGAGAAUUUGAGUUCAGAAUGCCAACGGCUAGUUGUUGAUGAAAAUCCAGAGGCAGUUGCUGCUGGAAAUCAAUGUUUAGUUCCAUGAAACGGGUUCAGGACCUCAUCAGUAUCACUACUCAACGGACAUCCGCAGUAUCAGUAGUUAGAAAUUACAAAACAGAGAAAUUGUCGAAGAUGAUUAGAGUCUGCCUUGCAUUCUGUUGACAAAGAUAAAAGCAUAAUGUCAUUCAGAAGCCUUGUUGUAAAGGAAUGCUCAGCUCCAAAUCACCAGGCUUCUAAGUUAGCCAUCUUUUCGAAUAAAUCUAUACAGAAGUCUCUUCAGAUAUGGUUGCCAGUCUCUUCACUCUAAAUACCAGUCUUCUAAGCUAGCCAUCAUUUCAAUAACUAUUAAACUCUACUGAAGUCUCUUCAGUUUAAUGUUGCGAAAGCUAUGGAUCGGUGGAGAAUGAAGAAGAGGACAUGGUGGGCAAUGGUGUUGGGUCAGGCUGUUUCUUUCACUGUUGCGCUUGCUGGCUUCAAUUCUUCCCUCCUCGUUUCUCUGGGUGUCGAUGCUCCAGUAGCUCAGGGAUGCUUCAGUUACUUCAGUUUGGCACUGAUAUACGGUGGCAUACUGCUCCACCGACGCCAUAAGCUACUGGUUUCUUGGUAUUGGUAUCUCCUCUUGGGAUUUCUGGAUGUGCAGGCGAAUUUUCUGUUGAACAAAGCGUACCAGUUCUCCUCAAUUACAAGUAUUACAUUGCUGGUAUGCUGGUCGAUACCAUGGGUCAUUAUUCUCACUUGGCUGGUGCUGGGCACCCGCUAUUCGAUCCUGCAGUUGGUUGGUUCAGCGCUUUGUGUUCUUGGCCUUGUUCUGGUGAUCUUAUCUGAUGCUUGGACGGAUAGCGGAGGAGGAAGCUCAAUGCCUCUUCUUGGUGAUGCACUGGUUAUUGGUGCAACAAUCUUCUUUGCAUUGGCCAACGUUGGCGAGGAGUUCAUUGUGAAAGACGGAGGACAGAUUGAGAUGGAGAUGCUGUCGAUGAUCAAUGUUUUUGGGUUGCUAUGCAGUUUGGUUGAGCUAGCUGUAUUUGAGCUGAAGGGUCUAGAAUCUUUGAACUGGUCCAUUGAUAUGAUAUGGGCCAUCAUUGGCUACACCCUCUCAGUCUUUUGCCAAUCCUCCAUUGGUCUGUACGUUCUCAAGUUGAGUGGAGCCACCAUGCUGAAUCUCUCAUGCCUGUCUAGUAACAUGUGGGCUGUUGUAAUCCGAACUAUUUUCUACCAUCAGAAGGUGGACUGGCUCUACUUUCUUGCCUUCGCAGUGGUGAUUCUUGGAUUAGUCAUUUACUCCACAAAUGAGAAAGCUCCAGUUCCUGACCAUGAUCGAGAUGGGGUGAAGUCGUCGAGUUCAGAAUGUGAAGGACUACUUGUUGAUGAAAACGGAGAAGCAGUUGCUGGACAUGCAGGUUCAGUUCCGUGAUGUUAUGUACAAUUGAAUGGUCAUAUGUCUUUUUUUAGUCUUGGACUUGGAGAAAGGGCUCCGUGUCAAAUUACUAAUUAGGCGGUGAGUGAUGAAUGAAACUGUGAUUCAGCCAUAGAGCUGGAUUGGGCCGACUGCUUUACUAGUCUGGGCCGAAUCAUAUGGCAAGCCCGUUAGUACUAUGUAAUAUAGUGACCCAUUUGUCGGUGUUGACUGCUGAGUAAGCUUGGUUGGACUUGGAAUAUGGUAGAGGCUUAGUUGUAGCGUGAAACAUGCACAAGUAGGUGUACCUCUUUUUGGGGCAACCCAUGAAACUGGAAGGAAGAGUAAAGGAUCAGCAUGGUCCAUGCACAGCUCAGUAAUCAAUCAUCAUAUUCAUAUGCAUAACCGAGAAAAUGGUCCCUCCAGUCCUGGCUGGUUAGCCUCAACUCGACGAGUCCCCUACAAUAAAUGACACCAUUCACAUUCAGUGGUGGUUCGAGUGAGAAGGCAUGUCGGUUGUCAUGAUGUGUUUUUGGGUUUAAUUCAUAUAGCCGAUUGUUACGAGGAAAAAAGUUAUUUGUUGACCAUCGACAUGAC